AUGAAACUAGUCCAUGGUCAACUUCACUUAACGAUUGUCGACACUUCUACGUCUGGAAAUACCGAUGAAAAUUACGAACUUCAAACUAAAAUUCAUCUUGACAAUGAUCGCUGGCAUCAUAUAUUCUUCCAUCGUGCGAGUGAUCAUCAUUUAGAGUUAAUUAUUGAUUCAAAUGAAUAUUAUCUUUUAUCGUCGAUCUAUUUUCUUGAUAAAAUUUACAUUGGUCAUCCGCCGAAUAUUCAUUUUGCCAAUCCGAUGUCAACAAUACGAGCUUGUCUUGCCUCGUUGACACUGAACAGUCGUCCAAUAAAUCUACGUGAAUAUAUCAAACCGAAUUCACCAAUUCGAAACGAUUGUUUUCUUGAUUCCCAAUGUCCAUUGAGACAAUGUCAAAAUACAGGAACGUGCCUUGAUCGUAUUCAAUGUAAUUGCCAACACACAAGCUUUGAAGGGCAAUUCUGUACAAAUUUAAAAAUCGGUUAUUCGUUUGAUGAUUUUACAUCUGGUUUAAUAUUUGAUCAGCCGUUUAAUCAAGACAAACCCUUUUCAACUUAUAAACUUACAUUUGGUAUUAUGACAAAAAUAAAAAAAGCUGAAAUCAUUCGUAUAAACGAUCAAAUAGUUCUUGAACUCUACAAUGGAUUUAUAAGAGCAAAAUUAAUUGGUAAUGAAUAUGUACAGAAUGAACAUCCAAUUAGCGAUGGUUAUUAUCAUUUAGUAAAAAUUGAAUAUAAUUUAGUGGAAAAUUUCCAUGUAACUGUUGACAAUAAAGUACAAACGAAACGUUUAACAAACAAACUCGUAUUCGAUAAGCCAUUAUUAUUAUUAAUCGGACAAAAUCCAGCAUUUAAAAAUUCAUUUCAAGGCCAAUUGUAUGGACUUGAAUCGGAUGUUUAUUCUAUAUUUGAUUUAAUUUCGCCGACAUUCCAACGCAUUUCAUUUACACCAAUUCGAAAUAAAUCUCUAUCUUCAAUUUCUUUUCUAUCAUCAAUUAUUCAUCCGUUGCCUGUAGCACAAAAUGGCGCAAUACAGCCAUCCUGCUCAUAUCAAUCCUCUGACGAUAUAUGCAUAAUCACAUCAGACACCAAUUCUAUCUCAUUAUUAUAUCCUAAUAUAACACUUCAAUCAUCGGUACCUAUUCGAAUCUCAUCUGAAUCUAGAGGUAAAUCAUUAUCGAAACAUUUCUCAAACUCAACAUUAUCACACAACCAAUUAAAUUUCCAUGCAUCAAACUCAACAAAUAAUAACCCUAUUUCAUCGUCGAUGAUCUUCGUGCGUACACCGAGCACAAACGGAUUUAUAGAAAAAUUUCAUUGGAGAAAUAUUUGGUUCAUUGCUGGAUGUGCUCUCAUUGGUUCUCUAUUUUGUAUUAUAUUAUCAACAUGUGCUUGUAUAAAAUAUCGUCGAAAAGAUGCAGGUGUUUAUGAACUUGAAGAGACACAACGUUUUCGACCUCUAAUCAUUGAAUUAUCUUCUUCGCCCGGUGAUCAUAAUCAAGAACUAUCAAAUUCGACAGCAAAUAUGUUCAAAAACCCACAUAGUAAAGCACAUAAGCGACGAAAACGUAAAGGCUCAUUAUUACUAAGACCUGAUGAACAACGAGAAUUUUAUAUUUAA